GUAUUCACGUUUGCCAUAUGCCUGCUAUGACCGAGAUCUUUGGAGAUGAUUCCGUACUCCAAUUCGGUGGUGGAACCUUAGGGCAUCCUUGGGGAAAUGCACCAGGUGCCGUAGCUAAUCGAGUAGCUCUCGAAGCAUGUGUACAGGCUCGGAAUGAGGGUCGUGAUCUUGCUCGUGAGGGUAAUGAAAUCAUCCGUGAGGCGAGCAAAUGGAGUCCUGAAUUAGCUGCUGCUUGUGAAGUAUGGAAGGCGAUCAAAUUUGAAUUCCCAGCAAUGGAUACUUUGUAAUCCGGUGGUUACUGUUCGUUCUAGAUAAUUGCAAUUAAACUCGGCUCAAUCUUCAAAAAA